AUGCCACCCAAGACUAGCGGUAAGGCCGCCAAGAAAUCCGGCAAGGCCCAGAAGAACAUCUCCAAGUCGGACUCGAAGAAAAAGAAGAAGCAUAAGCGCAAGGAGAGCUACGCCAUUUACAUCUACAAGGUGCUCAAGCAGGUCCACCCCGACACCGGUAUCUCCAGCAAGGCCAUGUCGAUCAUGAACUCUUUCGUGAACGACAUCUUCGAGCGCAUCGCCGCCGAGGCCUCCCGCCUCGCUCACUACAACAAGAGGUCCACCAUCACCAGCAGGGAGGUGCAGACAUCCGUGAGGCUCUUGCUGCCCGGUGAGCUCGCCAAGCACGCCGUCAGUGAAGGCACCAAGGCCGUCACCAAGUACACCAGCUCCAAGUAA